GGCGGAAGAGGCUGAGCCAUUACAGCUGUCACUGUGAGGUGCUGCGCGGCCUGAGUCGCCAGACUUAAAUGCUACAGAUAUAGCCCUCAGCAGACGGCGAACCUCCUGGUUCAUCCACGGCUAUUUGGGAAUGUACAGCACGUGUCCGUAGGCACGCACUCAUCCACACAGGUUUUAAUAAAGUCGGUAACAACUGCAGUAUGCUCAUCCAGAUCCUAAGAUGAAUCCCUGACUACAGUCCAGUCCACUGAUUCAACACAGUCCUACUGACACACCUUAAAGCAGAGAUGAGCGCUACCAAUCCUCCAGAAAGUGAUACGAAGGAAGAUACAUUUGAUUUUCUGCUGCCGGAUUUUCCCAAAGGUCCACUGGAUUUAUAUCGGAAAAGGACUUCCUUUAAUUGGAAGGAAUUGUCUGUGUUUUGGGAAGGAGAAGAGGUUAUCAGAGUGAAGAAAAAAAUAUUUAGAGCUCUAGAAAACGAUCCACUUUUUGCUCAUCAGUCUGAAGAUCUCUCUGUGGAAAAAUAUCGAGAGCUGACUUUCCUUCGCUGCAAAAGGCUGUUUGAAUAUGACUUUUGCACCUUAGUAGAAGCGUCACAAAACCCUCUGAGGUUUCUUGCAUUUACUGAAUGUUUAAAUAUGUAUGACCUCUCGCUCGGGAGCAUGAAUACUCUAAAUAGUCAGUUGUUUUUAGGUACCAUUGUUGGUGCGGGAUCUAAUAGACAUCAUCAAUGGCUACAAAAAAUAAGUGAUAUGGAGAUAUUUGGAUGCUUUGCGUUGACAGAGUUGAGCCAUGGCAGCAAUACCAAAGCAAUUAGAACAACAGCCAAAUAUGAUCCCGCCACUCAGGAAUUUAUCAUCAAUUCUCCUGACUCUGAAGCAGCCAAAUUCUGGGUUGGAAACAUGGGGAAAAAUGGCACACAUGCUGUAGUAUUUGCACAGCUUUAUACGGCUGAUGGAGUUUGUCAUGGACUUCAUGCUUUUAUUGUUCAGAUCAGAGACCCCAAGACACUGUUUUCAAUACCUGGAAUAAUAGUUGGAGAUAUUGGAAAGAAGAUAGGAUUCAAUGGUGUGGAUAAUGGAUUUUGUCUGUUCAACAAUGUUCGAAUUCCUCGGGAAAAUCUGCUCAACAGAAAUGGAGAUGUGACGCCUGAAGGAAAUUAUGUAACUUCGUCGAAGGACUCUAGUCAUCAGUUUGGAGGACUGUCUUUCGGUAGAGUGGGAGUAAUGGGAGCAGCUGUUGCACAUCUUAAGCUCAGCCUGACAAUUGCUAUUCGCUACUCGGCAGUACGUCGUCAAUUUGGGCCGACGGAUCAUGAAGAAGUACCCGUGCUUGAAUAUCAAGUGCAGCAAUGGCGUCUUAUUCCCUAUCUGGCAGCCACCUAUGCACUGGACUUCUUUGCCAAGUCACUUUUCAUGACCUGCGCUGAAUAUCAAAUGAAAAACUUGAUGAAGUGCAAGAGUAAGAAACAGGUCGAGGUUGGUAAAGAAAUCCAUGCAUUGUCCUGUGCAGCUAAACCUCUCGGUUCAUGGACAGCUCAGCAUGGCACUCAGGAGUGCCGCGAAGCUUGUGGAGGUCAUGGCUACCUUGCCAUAAAUCGUCUUGGGGAUGCUAGAAAUGACAAUGACCUCACCUGUACUGUUGAAGGUGACAAUAAUGUCUUACUACAGCAAACAAGUAACUACCUUCUUAGCUGGAUGAAAGAUAAACAACAAGAGAAUGUUGUCAUCACAUCUCCUUUGCAGUCUGUCGACUUUCUGGAAGAUUUCAACAUUAUUCUUGGUCAAAAAUUCACAUCAACUACAGCAGAGUGUCUGGAUUCUUCAGUUGCAUUGGCGGCAUACAAAUGGCUAGUCUGCUAUCUAUUACGCGAGAGCUGCAUAAAACUAGAUGAUGAAAGGAAUUCAGGGAAAUCGGACUUUGAGUGCAGAAACAACUGUCAGUGAAUGAGAUGAUCACGAUGAAAUUCAGCACCACCUUCAGUGCACCAAAACACACCUUGGCCUCCCGAGGAAAGAACAUUUGAAGAACCUGGCACAAGAUUUAUGGGCUAAUGUGCAACCAUGAUGCAUCUGUGCCAUGGAGUAGUGACAGGAGACACAGCAAAGCACUGGAGAAAUAACACCGGUGCUAUCUCCGCAUAACCUUUAAAUCCAUUGUGAAAAUAAAUGAACUAUAAUUUACACCUUUUUCCAAGUCAAUUCUCACAGUAACUCCAUGGUAUCUGCAGAUAAACAAAAGAGAAGACUCGGCGGUGUUCUCAAAGUUUCUUUGAAAUAGUGUAACAUCAAUACUCGUUUUGGGAAUUCCUGGUCUGUAACCCUUCAGAUGAAAGAUAAGCAUUCAGGAUGUGAUUGACAGUCCAUUUGUCAGGAGUCCAGAGUUCAGAGGCCCAGCAUAGCUAAUGGAAGAUGGGCAUCACUUCCAAACCAAUCCAUCUGCCCAUCCAUUCAAGGACUUCCUGUGCGUGUCUGCAGGUCCCACCUCAGUUUAAUCAGCUUCUGCAGAACCCCAGGAAAUGAUUGGGAGCAAUUCCUCCACAAUCUUGAAAGAGAACCUGAGGAAAGGAUUUAUUGUUAUUCAGUCCAAAAAUCAUUUUAAGUGCAGGAUUUAAAUACAAGUGUGCCAGGUAAACUUUCAAGGUGAUCCACAAGUUAUUACACAGUUCACAAAGAACAUUCAAGCCCAAGCUUGGC